AGUAUGGGUGAUUGGGCCCAGAAGCCGGAAGUUCAAGGACGGCACGCCAAGGUAGUUGCGGCUCCGUUUCUCGCGUUUCAGUGGGUGGAGUUGUUCUGUGUCCGGCACGUGGUGCACUGUCUGGCAUUGGAAGCCGAAUCCUAGAGGCUUAACAGAGCGGGUGGGAGGGAGAAAGGGUGACUUCCCUCACCAAUAGCGCCUCAGCGUCUAGGGUUGUUCCUGGACACGAGCCUCAAGCGCCGGUUCUUUGGUGCUGCGUCGGGUUGCGUAGACUGGGUUGGCGAGACGCUCCCUGCGGAGGCCUCGGUUGGACCGAAGGAAGCUACAGCAUCCAGGGGACAACAUGCCAACUGCCAAGCAACUAGCUGACAUUGGCUACAAGACCUUCUCUACCUCCAUGAUGCUCCUCACUGUGUAUGGGGGCUACCUCUGCAGUGCCCGAGCCUACCGCUUUUUCCAGCGGCGCAUGUCCCAGCGCCAGGCCGCAGAAGAACAGAAGACCUCAGGAGACCUGUAGCACCCCGGGGACUGUUUCUUGACCACAGGGGCCUGAGGCCUGCUGGAAGGAGCUCACCUACCAUCAUAUCUAAGUCAAGAGAACUAGGGCCUUAAUGGUUUUCAAACCCUGCUGGGGAUAAGUGCCCAUGUUUUCUCUGGAACUGCCAGUUUGGCGACACCGUCAUAUCGUAACAAGAAUUGGGGGGAGGGGGAGGAACAUUUACAGGCAUUAAAUAUUUUACCAUGUC